AUGACGGAUGCCAACCACCACAUACUGGUCGUAGGUGGAGGACCUGCGGGCAGUGUCACAGCGUUCUGGCUGGCGAAAGCUGGCUUUCAAGUCACUGUGGUAGAGCGGGCAACAUCAAAGUUCGCAUAUGGCCAAGGCAUCGAUAUCACAGGCCCAGCAGCAGAGAUUUGCCGGAAGAUGGGACUCGAAGAUAAGAUAAAAUCAUCGACCACUGGAGAAUCAGGUUUUGCCAUUCUUGACGACCAAGGGAAAGAGAUUGCCGCCCUAGGGACCGCUGGGCACACUGGCGAAGGCGGCGGUCAACAAUCAUUCACACUCACGCAAGAAAUCGAGAUUAUGCGGGGCGAUCUUACUCGAAUAUUCGCAGAUGCUGCGAGAAGCUUGCCGGGCGUCACUUACAGAUAUGGAUGCACAAUAUCGAAACUCCACCAGAGUGAGAAGAGUGUGACGGUGACCUUGUCAGACUCUGGCAAGGAGGAGCAGUACAGCGCAGUGAUCGGUGCAGAUGGACUGCGGUCGAAGACGCGUGGCUUGGUCUUUGCGGACUCGAUCCAAGAUACGUUGAAGCCCGUGGGCCACCAAUACAUUGCUUACUUCUCAAUGCCGGGAGAAGAUGGCGAUCGGCCAAAUGCUCGAGUUCAACACGCCAGUGGCGGCCGAUCAAUCCUGAUACGACCUGCUGACAGACAAGGCAUUCGAUCGUCGUGCUACGCGGGCGUCACUUAUGCCUCACCGAAGCUCGAGGCUGUCCUUGGAAAACCGGUCGAGCUUCAGAAAGCAGCGAUGACAGAGAUGCUGGACGGCUUUGGUGGUAUCGGACCACGUGCAAUACGAGAGAUGAAAGAGGCGGAAGACUUCUACUUCGAACGUACAGCGCAGAUCAAGCUGCCCAGAUGGUACCGUGGUCGAUGCGUCCUGGUGGGCGACGCUGCAUACGCUCCAUCACCUUUGACAGGUCAAGGAACCACUCUGGCCAUUCUUGGAGCUUACAUCCUGGCCGGAGAGGUAGCCGCGAAUCGCGACCAUCCUGACGAAGCCUUUGCAAAGUACGACGCCACGAUUCGCGGCUAUGUUGAAAGUGCCCAGCAGAUUCCUCUCGGAGGACUUGCUCCACGGUUGGCAAAUCCCAGCGCAAUCUGGGGCAUCGGACUUUUAAGAUGGAUCUUUUGGCUGGUUUCGUGGACAGGAGUUUGGAGGUACAUCAGCAUAGGACAAGAGAAGAAAUACACCCUUCCGGCGUACGACCUGUAG